CAGGAGAUAAGAGUUUACAGAGCAUUAAUAAUGGAGUGGAAGCAAUUCGGACUGCUCUCUAGAGAACGGCAGAAGCUUUCUGGAGAUAGCCAUGGUCCCCGGCGUUGGAUUUGGGCCAAGAAAACUAAAUUUCUACUGAAAAUUUAACGUUUCUUCGAGCCUCUUGAUCACAAUUCCUUCUUCGCCUUCCAAAAUUCUUACACGAGGAGGGAGAUGCAGUCUAGGUUGUGAAAAUUGUUAGCUUGGCAAGUUAGGUUGUGGUUGGAUUCUGGAUUGGGAAUAAUGCGGCACUUGUCGUUGUUGUUCAAUGGAUUGGCGAAGUCUUUGUAUUCAGGAAGGGGGAAGCUUUCGGGGAUCGACUGUGGGAGGGAGGCGGCGGAUGAGCUCGCGAGGGAGGCGAAGAAGAACGACAUGAUUCUCAAGUCGUCGGGCACGGUGAGGUGCGAGGGAUCGAACAGCUUCGUGUCGGUGUUCUCGCAGAGAGGGGAGAAGGGAGUGAAUCAGGACUGUUCUAUUGUGUGGGAGGAAUUUGGAUGCCAAGAAGACAUGAUCUUUUGUGGUAUAUUUGAUGGCCAUGGUCCCUGGGGACACUAUGUGGCAAAAGCAGUUCGAAAAUCCCUUCCUCCAUCUCUACUUUGUAACUGGCAGGAGGCGCUUGCUCUGGCUGCUUUGGUAGGUGAUAAAAAGCUUUGUCAGUUUGACAUUUGGAAGCAGUCCUAUCUCAGCACUUGUGCUGCUGUAGACCAGGAGCUUGAGAAGCAUCGCAGGCUGGAUUCCUUCCAUAGUGGGACCACUGCAUUGACGAUCAUCAAACAAGUAAUUACCAAUUUUAUUUACAUGCACGUUACUCAGGGUGAACUCAUGGUAAUUGCAAAUGUUGGUGAUUCUCGUGCUGUGUUGGCAACAACUGCAGAAGAUGGCAGCUUGGUUCCUGUACAACUUACCAUUGAUUUUAAACCAAAUUUGCCUCAGGAGGCUGAGCGCAUAACUCGUUGCAAGGGCCGUGUAUUUUGUUUGCAUGACGAGCCAGGCGUACAUAGGGUAUGGCUACCAAAUGGAGAAACAGCAGGGUUGGCAAUGUCAAGAGCAUUUGGAGACUAUUGUCUUAAAGAUUAUGGGCUGAUUUCUGUGCCUGAAGUCACCCAAAGGAAAAUAAUAAAUAGAGAUCGGUUUAUUGUGCUUGCAACAGAUGGGGUUUGGGAUGUUAUUUCCAAUGAAGAAGCUGUGCAGAUAGUGUCCUCAACCAAGGAAAGAGGAAAAUCAGCAAAAAGGCUUGUGAAAUGUGCUGUCCGUGCAUGGAAGCGCAAGAGGAGAGG